AUGUCGUACACGUCACCUUCACUCUAUAAGCUGAGAUCAAUGCAAGUGCUUGGUGAAUUUACUAAAGCACUCAUGAAAUUUGACUUUGUUGCUAUUGACUGUGAGAUGGUAAUAACCGACACCGGCACCGAAUUGGCACGUGUAAGCAUAGUUGAUUACCAAGGAAAAGUUGCUCUCGAUACGUUUGUAAAGCCACAAGAUCCCGUUACCGAUUACAGAACUGAUAUUAGCGGAAUCGUUCCAGAAAAUUUGCAAAAUGCACCAGCCUUUCAAGCCGUGCGAAAAAAAGUGCGGCAGCUAAUCAAAUUCAAGUUUGUCGUCGGGCAUGCCUUGAACUGUGAUUUCAAGGCAUUGCAAUUAGGCUGUCAAGCAAAAUUUAGACGAGACACGGCGGAAUUUUUCCCUAUUAAAGAAACGUGGAAUGGAAUCACGCCAUCAUUGAAAAAUCUAGCGUCGGUAUUUGGCUUGUCAAUCCAAGAUGGUAUACACGAUUCGGUCGAAGAUGCAAGAGCUGCUAUGAUUGUAUACAGGAAUUACGAAACUUUUUGGGAAGAUUUUAUAUUUUAUAAAACCGAUCCAGAAAAUCUGGUUACUUGCUUUUUUUGUCAAAAGCAUGGGCACAUAAAGUAUUUUUGUGAACCUUGGAGAAAGCAGCAGCGACAAAGUAAACAAAAAGACGAACCCAGCAUGGUUCAGGCUUCCUCUACUAUAGUACCCAAUGGUACAGCAGAAAACUCUGAGAAAUGCGGUUAUAUUAGUUAA